CACUUUCCCUUUCUGGACUGGAGAAGGACAAACAAGUUUAGCCAUCCGUCUCCGCACCAGAUCGCUAGAAAUCAAUAGAAGAUAGAGCGCCGUGUGUGUAUUUGCACCGUGAUCUCACAUUGUGUAUGGAUCAAUGCUCUUUCGCAUCGACGUCUUCCCCCCAUCGGCCAAGGGAGGCAAUGGCAGCAGCGAUGGCAGCACACGUCCCUCUCAAACCCUCUACUGUUCCCCCUCCACUGUGGCCAACCGUCUCAAAGGGGGAAAUAUUGAUGGAGGAAGUAAUGGUAAGAACAACAGCGAUGUUGUAAGCAAUGGCGGCCUCGUGGUGAAAAUCGGACGCAAGGGCGACGUGGACGUUUUGUUUGGGACAGACCGUUCGAUCAGCCGCGAACACGCUGUCCUGCGGCUCGUCGGGCUGCCUACAAACCAGAAACCGAACACAGGGGCCGGUAAGUCAAGGACAUCCCCUCGGAGGAGCAGGAGAAGGACAGACUCCACGGCGUCGGUCAACGACAACAACGAAACCGUCGAGCAAGGGGGCGAAAAUUCCGGGUGGUGCGUGGAGCCCCGGAACGAACACGAGGCAGUGGCCUGCAGAAACAGUCCCUUCAAAAUGUGCCUCGUCCUCGAAAACAAGGGGAAGUCGGGGAGUUACGUUGCCUCCGAGGACACUUCUAUUGAUCUGGACAACGAAAACCAAAACGAUAACGGGGACAACGCAGGGGGCGACGGCCACGAUUCGGACGCUACCACGGACGGUGAGGACGGGGGCAUCGGAACGUACCAGAACUCGCAGCAGCAAGCGAGCCACUAUGGGUUGGCCACAUCGGUGGCCACGCAAACGGGGGAAAUCCUUGCCAGCAGAAACACGAUGCUGCAUUCCACAAAUCCAUCGUCCCCACAGGGCCUGCCGUCGCUCUCGGCCGCGAUCCAACACCAUUUUGGAAGCGGGACGCCGAUUAAGCUGACAAAGCUCGAUCCCGGUGAGUCCMAGGUACUGUCCUUCGAUGGCAGCGAGGCCGUGGCAACCAAGAGCAAAAUCAAUAGCAACCGACCACAUGACGACAAGGCCCACCGCAGGGAUCGCUCGGUGCUGGUCCAAUUUGGAAUCGCCCAGCUCCCCACCAUCCAAGUCACGCACAUCCCCAUGACCGCGGUCUUUUCGAGUGGCAUUCAGGCUUCGAUCAAGGAUUCGUUUCGCCUCUGUGGGGGCCUGGUCCAGGAGACCGGAACGCUCCCUCGCAGGCAUUCCCACGAGCAAACAACCACAACAACGGGCAACACGACCCAUCUCAUUACCAACAGCCGCGCAGCGGUGGCCAAGCAGCUCAUCGCGUGGUGCUAUGAGAUUCCAAUUGUCUCACCCGAAUUCGUCAUGGCCUUAGGAUCCCACGCCAGCCUGAAAGACCCCUUUCCAGUUCCGGGCGACUUUCCGCCUGUUGCCACGGACACCAGCUCCUUUUGGGAAUCGAAACCGUCCCAGGGCCUCUUGUCCGGAUACGUGGUACUCAGCACCGAUCCAUGCCCAGAGGCAGAAGCGCUCGUCGAGGCCUCGGGUGCCAAACUAGAGAUCAUUUACGACGAACAGAAGCGACAAAAGCAUACAAAGGCAAGUGUGGCAGCCUUUCUGGAGCACGCCGAGGGAUUGCUGAAAGGGAAUCGGGCGGUGGUGCUCUUGGCACCGAUGUCCAAGAGCAAGCUCUCGAACGCAAACACUGUACUCCUUGUUAAAACACUCCGCGAGGAUCUUGGAAUACCAACGGUCACUGCCAAAAUGCUGGCCAAGACCAUUUCGAAACAAGAGUCUUCGAUAGUGGGGCUCCAACCACCGGUUGGAAACCACGAGAAGGCAUCUCGUCCUUCUUUGAAAGAAACGAGCAGCCGUCCUUCUCUCACCUGCGACACGACUGAAACCCGAAGACGAGAACUUGAAUCCCAGACACACCAUAGAGGCUCCCAAAAGCGCGCCUGGGAAGAAUCUUCCACGGCGGGAGACCUAAGUUCCUUGUACCCCGACCGCCACGAGGAGUCUGGGUUCGAUCUCAACAGCAACGGGAUCAACGAGGAAACCACCCCAGAAAGGUCAUCAUCCCAAUCGCAAAAGAAGCGUCGGAUGGAACAAGCGAUGCAGCCACCUUUGGCGGAAGCUACGAAAACCAUCACCGCAGACACCGCCAGCGAAAGCAGUCCAACGCAACUGGGAGGGGCGGAUGCAAACGGGUGGUUCAGACCGGCUCCGAGGGACGAUCACGAACGGUCAAGGUGGAAAAAGCGGGCGUCGGAAGCCUAUCGAAUAAAGACGGGUGCCGGGUUGGAACGGUCGGCUUCCACCGAUAUCGAACUCUUGAGCGUCCCAGCUGCGAACCCGGGUGUUACUGCCGUGAAUAGAGCAAGAAACUUAACCGGGACAAACAACAAUCAUCGCUACUACCACCAUCGGCGGCCCACACGUGAAAAUCUUCCGGAUUUCAAAGCUUUUCGCAAGAACCGCGUCGUUCCGAGUGUGGAGGUGGUUCUUCUGGCCGAAGCCCUGUCGGCUUCCAAAAAGGAACAGCUGGAAAUGAGCGCGGAAGAACACCAGCUGGACGAAGAACAGCGCCUGGCGGAGGCCCUGUUCCGGGGAGAGGCCGUUCCCGGUGGACAAAGGAGACGGCGGGGCCGCAGUUGAUGCGACUUUGCGCCCCUAGAACGAAACGGGCAGAUUCCAAGAGCGAGAGUGAGAGCAACCGUGUGAACCGUAGUUGUUCCGGAUACAAUUGAACACGAAUGAUCACGGUUCUAUUUGGCGGUAGCAAGAAGUAUUCUGAACUCGGACGAUAGAAUGUAUGAGGGCUACAGGAAAUUUUAUAUUCUUUGUCGUGGUAUCAAUCAAAACUGCUUCCCGUCCGCUUUGAUUAUCAGCCCCGAGCAACAGUAUCGUUGAUUUUCAGCCCCGAGCAACAGUAUCGUCAACGAGCAACUACGACUAAGUGACAUAGAAGUCUCUUUGCGGGAUGGCAAAGAGACUAUGGUCAAUUUGUCCGCUCUCACGUUUCUUGUCCAGAAGUAAUUCUCUCUCCAAGGAGGUGUUGAUUACAAAAAACAUUUCGAUUGGAGUGCUCAAUCAUUAACUAGAGACCCAACUGGACAUUGGCCAUAUUGUAGGUUUAGGCAUGGGCUAUUCCUUUUCCAGGCAAAAACCUGCUCUUUUCCUCUAGUACCAUUUUUACUUCAUGAAUUUUCUACAAUGAUACGACUCGACGUAGCACCUUCCAGAAACAUCUUUUCCUUCCCAACGGAUACAGCAGAAGCCAGGUCACACACACGAUAAGCAACAAACACUACUGUAUCUA